CUUCGAUGAAUCGUCAGCUAACAAACGCCGCCAACAUUCAUUUGAUGCAUGUGGCGAUUGCAAAAAAUGUGUUUAGGUUUAUCUAUAAUUCAUAAAUGUUGUAUUUAGGAGAGAAUGUUUAUAUUAUACGUGUACAUGUAAUUGACCAUAGAACUUGAAGUACUGGUAAACUGGCAGUGUCUUAGUAGUGAUUAUGAUUACAAGAAACAUCUGGAUUGGAGGAUUCCUGGUGUUAGUGCUGGCUGCAGUGUUUCCUUUUUUCCACAGUCUAGACCUACAGACACUUUAUAAACAAAAGUGCCAAAUGACAUGUGUAGAAUAUGAUGUGGAUAAACUCAGAACUGAUUUCUGGGAUUUGCUGUUUCUGCGAUUUCAGUUUUGCAGCCUGGGUAAUGUUCCCAAUUGUAGUAAUCCGUACAGGCUUAAAAUGGACAAGCUGGGACAAAGGUGUGCCGUGUUUAUGAAAAACGCUAAAAAUGUUAAAGAGCAUUUUGAAAUGACAUUUCUCCCCAGAGAAAGAUAUUCAGACACCUAGAGACUGGAAAAAUGAGAAAGAUUUCUAUGUAGUAAGUGAAGUUAUAGAAUUGCGUUUAAACAGGGAAAGAUUGCCUAAAAGAUACCUGUUUGAGCAUAGAUCUACAAGAUUCCUGUACUACAACUUCCUUAACUUUAAUUUACGAGGACAUUUUACAGACAAAUAUACAUACAUUUACACGAAAUCUGAAUUGCCAAAGGAAUUUGAAGAAGAGCUCAAGAACAUUAUAAUUUUAACUGUAAUUGCAAGGAAUAAUGUAACAGAGCAACAAAAAAAUAACAAGAGUAUAAAUGGUAUAAAUGUAACAAACCGAAAGCCCUACAUGGUAAGCAUUGGAACAAAUGUUUUUGACCAGAAAAGUGUGAUUUUGACUAAAGGAAGUAAGUACUAUUCAUGGUUUUCAACAGUUGUUUGUAUGUGGUCAUUACUGAUUAUUUUGUAUUUUGUUUGGAAAAUUCUCACAUCCUUACAUGGUUGUACAGAUGAAUUUGCAGAUAGAAGAGCACGCUCUUCUGGUAGUCGCCAGGAAUGCCAUGUUCUUACAAGACCAGAUCUUAUACCUGUUGGUACAGGAGACUUGAAUCUUUUCAGGUCAUAUUUCUUCUCGACUCUUUUUGAAGGAAAAGGUGUCUGCAGCUCAGUAGUUUUCAUUUUAUCUUGUAUAGUCUGGCUUUCGUCAAUUAUAGCAUUUUUUGAGUUAAUACCUGAACUUAUUGCUAUAAAUAAGAAAGUCUGUAUUUUGAUGUUUAUUAUUUGUAGCAUUUAUUCAGUAUCCGUCAUUCCAGUAGUUGUUAUAUUUGUUUUAUGUUUUUCUCUGAUUAUGUUUUCCCCAAAUGUGCUUAUUUCAUGGGAUGUAUUUGAUGUUUUUAGAAAUUAUGAGAUUUUUUAUAUGUUAACAAAUUAUGAAUUGUCAAACAGCCACCUUUACGAUUUUGUUCUCUUAAUCUCUUGUUGGGUCAUGUUGAUAGUUUUAUUUUCUUAUGAUAAAUGGUUCCUUCAUUUAAUGUUGAACGGAGAUCUGAUUCACAAACUUCUUUGGCUGACAUGGCCAGUGCAGUUUAUUGUUUUUUUGACAAAGUUAGUUAAAAGGUUUUAUUCUUUAUCAGAUACUUCAUUACACAUGAUCUGGCUUGGUAUAGUUUCAGCUUUGUUUUACUUAGGUAUAUUUGUAGUGCCACAAAAUGUUGGUGACAGAACUUUCUCCUAUGAUCCUAAAUAUCUCCAUGUACUGAGCUACUGGCUGUUUUUUCCAAUUUAUUUCAUUUUUAGAACAUUUUGUAUCGCUUACACAAAAACUAUUUCUCUGGCAGUAGAGGCAGUAUUUACGACUUUUUUUAUAGCUUAUCUUUGUAACUUUCUCCUUCCUUGGCUGUAUCCUUCUCUGAAGUUAUUGAAAGAGAAGGAUCUGUUUUUGUAUGCAAUUCUUACAUUAACUUUAGUAACACAUCUUCUCAAGAUAUAUAGGGAAUGGUAUGAUAAGUAUGACACAUUUUUGAAAGCUGUGGUAUCUUAUGUUAGAAACAAAUAUAAAUGCACAGAAAAUCAGACAGAGUUGGAGAGGAAGGAAGAUAGUAUUUCACUUGUUUAUAACCAUACUGAUGACAGUGCAUGCCAAGAUCUCGAAGAAAAUUGAGGGCAUGUCCAUGACGAUAAGUAUAAAAUCAAAGGAUUGUUGAUAUUAAUCAAAAAUAGCAAUAUGUACGUCCCUUCUGAUUUCUUUUUUGAAGUUAUCAAAAUACCAGGAGCACCAGGAGCAAUCAAAUGGGUGGUAGCCAAGGAACUUGUGACAUUAGUACUUCUGUGUCUGUUCCCGGCAGUAUUUAUAUACUGGCUUUGCCAUGUUAUAUAUCUGGCCGAUUUUGAGAACUACAAUCUAGUAAUCACAGCUGUACUUGGUGCUUCGUUUGUCAACCAGUACAAAGAACUUUUUCUGUACAGAAAGGCAUCAGUGUUUGAUGUGAAUGAUAAUAUUGCACUCCAGAGACAAAUAGACAUAUUUUUGGGGUCUUACAAUAGCUGGUGUUUUGUUAAACAACCAUAGGCAGGGGCGUAGCUUAAUUAAAUUUGUGAAUGUGUAAGCAAAUAGAUGGGCCCUUGAAAAAAUGUUGUUGUUUUUUUUCAAUAUACUUUGUAUUGAAAAAUAGUUAUAUAUAUAAUGGUUUCCUAUUGAAAACAAUGCCACACUAAAGUGAUAUCACACUUAUUGUUAAACCAUAUUAUAACCAUUAUAUUUUAACAUGAAAUUCAAUUUUAAAUGCCCAUUUUGGAAAAAAAAAUGGACAUAUUAUGAAAUGGCAUUGUCUGUCCAACAACAUUUUCUGAUUUCAGACUCUGAAGUCAGAAGUAUAUUAGAUACAGCUUUCAUAUUUUACAGGACGACUAAGCACCACCUGAGGAUGAUCUGAAUUAUUUUAAGGGUCAAUAGGUCAAAGGUCAAGAUCGCUGGGGGAGACAUAUUGCUUUUGCCCUGUCUGUCUGUCACACUUCAUUUCUGAUCAAUAACUGGAGAACCAAUUGACCUAGAACCUUGAACUUCAUAGGAUGAUCGGGCUUAUGGAGUAGACAACCCCUUUUGUUUUGGGGUUCAUUCCAUGAAAGGUCAAGGUCACAGGAGCACGGAAAACUGUUUCUGAUCAAUAACCCGAGAACUAAUUGACCCAGAAUGUUGAAACAUUGUUACUGUAGGAUGAUUGGACAUGCUGAGUAGAUGAUCCCUAUUGCAUUUCAGUCACUAAGCCAACCAUCAGUGUCUUUUUGAUUUUCGAUUUUCUCUCCUGUCCACUUCUUGCCUAUUACUACUAUGCUUUGGGAGAGACGUGCUUUUCUACAAAAGCAUUUUCUAGAUAAUAGUUUUUACGCUUUAAUUUGGUACUUUAUGUAAACAACCUUUCCAUGGCUCGUCAUGAAACUUUACACGAAUGUAGAUGUUUGAAAGAUAAUGGUGCAUGUGCAACUUUUGUCAAAAUCACUUCAGUAAUUGCAGAGUUAUUGCCCGUCAAUUGUUUUCAUUUUCAUGAAUUCCCACAUAAAGUUCAUAAAAUUUAAAACAAAUAUAGGUCUCAGUAGGGUGGUGGUGUUUGCACAUCUUUCAUCAGGAUCUCUUUAGUAAGUGCAGAGUUAUUGCCCUUUUAUUGUUUUAAAAUUCAUAAAUAUAUCUGGAAAUUAAAAUAUCUUUCAAAAUAUAGUCCCUUCAUUCACAAAACAACAUGUUGGCGGGGAAUAUAAAUUCACUAAAAUUCCUUGUAUUGUGUUAACGUUGUUGCUCUGCCCCCGAAGGCAGGCAUAUUAAAACCGCACUGUCCGUAUGUGUGUGCAUCCGUGUAAAUUCUUUUCUGGCAGUAACUCUGCCAUCCAUAAAGGGAUUUUGAAAUAACUUGACAUAAAUGUUCACCAUAAUAAGACGACAUAUCAUGUAUAUGACCCAGACCCCAAGCGCCAAGAUCAAGAUCAGAAGUCAAAGGUUAAUAGGCUCUGUUUAUUGUCCAGUUCAUAACUCUGUCAUUCAUCAAGGGAUUUUGAAAUUACUUGGCAUUAUGUUCCCCAUAAUAAGAUGAUGUGUUGUACACAAGUUCCAGACUCUUAAGGUCAAGGUCACCCUUAAAGGUAAAAGGUUAACCUGGUCUGUUUCUUGUCCUGUCCAUAACUGGACUAUCAAUGAAGGGAUUUUAAAAUUUAUACUGGGCAUAAAUGCUCCAGGACAUUUGUCACUAAUAGUGACAGCUCUUGUUGAUUUAUUUUUUUGUAAAAACAUUUUGUACCUGAUUAUUUUGUCAUUUUAUUUUUAUACUCACUUUUUACCAUUUAAUAUGCCAACAUUUAUCAGUAUUUCGCAUUAUAACUCUGGGAAAAGGAAGAUUUCACUGCAGCUCAAGUUCAUUGGAUUUAUCUCAACUUACAAAUCAAAAAACAUUUUUUAGUACACCUUAAAAUUAGCAAAACCUGGUGGGCUAUUUUGAUACUCA